GCGUAAGGUUUUUUGAUAGACAUCAAAUUUUUCGGCCGUAGGAGAGUUAUAUGAUUGAUUAUUGUUCACGAAGCAUUGUUUGAAGAUGGCUGUAAAUAUGUUUAUUCUUUUGUUCACCGUUUUCGGAUGUGCAUUCGCUACAACUUGUACUGAUGAAGAAGCCAACAAAUGCAUUACCAAUGAUGGUGAUUUCGAUUUUCUGCACCUUGAAGAAACCUUUCCACAUGAUGAGGAUCAUUUAACGAAGUUUUGUUCCAAAGCCUUUUCGUUACUGGACUGUGCUCUUGCAUUCGUCGACCGAUGUCCGAGCUCAAGAUAUGCAAACUACCUCGAAGGUAUGAAGGGACAUAAAGCCGUUUUCAAGAAGUUAUGUGACACAUCAAACUCAUUCAGAGCGGAGUAUUUGGAACAUGUUUCCUGCGUGAAUGAUAAAAUUUUGGCAGCAAAAGAAGGUUGUUUAGAUCACAUGGAUAUGUUCGUAGAGGGUUUCCAGUGCUCUACAGCUGUGAAUAACUACAAGACCUGCAUCGAAGACGCAGUGAAGGGGUGUGGAGACAAGGCAGCCGAAGUCUUCCGAACCUUAUACCACCCUCGAAUAAGCAUUAACGUAUCAUUUUGUGAACAGAUCCUCAAAAAUCUGGAAGAUAUGGAGGAUUAAAUGUAUUUGUUUUUAUCCGACUACUUGUAUUUGUACUUGAUAAAUAAAAAAUCAAUGUUUUUUUCC